UGAAAACAACUUCAAUACAAUAGCUAAAUAUCGCUAACAAAUUAAAAACUACAAUGUCAUCGAUAUUUAUGCCGAUAGUGUUGCAGCUGUUUGCAGCAGUAUUUACAAAAUUUAGUGUGGCAUGCGAAAUGGAAGCUGAGGAAUGCAUCUUCUGCAAUAUUGCAAAUGGCAAAACUGACACAGUUUUGGAAAUGGAAUCGGAUGAUUUUGCCAUAUUCAAAGACAUAAAACCAGCAGCGCAACACCAUUACCUAAUUGUGCCAAAGGAACAUUACGAUAGUCUAAAAACGCUCAACGAAUCACACAUAAAAAUGGUGAGCCUCAUGGAGGAACAUUUGAAAAACUUCUUCGUGUCGAAGGGCAUUUGCACAGCGGACGCGCUCUACGGCUUCCAUUUUCCGCCUUUCAUCUCCGUGAAGCAUUUGCAUAUGCACGGAAUAGCUCCACGUUCCCAAAUGCCAUUUUUCUCUCGGAUGGUGUUUAAACCUUCGACCGCUUGGUUUAAAACUACCCAGGAAGCUCUAGCUUAUUUACGGACGAAAAUAAUGUAGUUAUCCACCUGGAUUUUCACAUGCCCAAAGAAUUUUCUUUUAAAGAAAUAUAUUUUGUAUAUAAUAUACUUUAUUUUCGGUUUUUAUGAUAUGCACUUAAACUAAUUCUUAGAUAAGAUAAACACAUUUAUAUGAACAAAUAGCCGACACCUUAAUGCGAGGGUAGAUCGAAAAAUAUAUAGUUUUUCACAUAACGUUAAAGGAAGACAAAAGACAUAUAUAAUUAUAUAAUAAAAAUAAUUUUUUAAAUAAAUA